GGCUUACUUUAUUGGGCAAAUUUCCAAGGAAUACUUCUCGAACUUAGAAUAGCGGAAGACGGCGGAAGGUGUAAACCGGAGCGGGCAAUAGUGGGAAACUCCACGGAAACCUGUGCAGGUACAAAUGUUAGGAGUGAGAAAGAGUGCACAUACAGUGAAGAAGCGGCUUUGAUUUUUUGAACUUUUAAGGAUACGCAUCUGCAGACAUCAAAAAGGACCUUGCGUUUGAAUUGUAUAUAGGCUAUUGAGCAGUUUUCACAAAAGUACAGUUAAAUUUUGAGAUAGCGUAGAAGGACCUCGCGAUUACACCAUGCCACGAGCUUUUCUAGUGAAAAAAACGAGUAUUUCACCUGGCAAGAAGACCUGGAGUGAUCUGCCAGAUCAUGAACGAGGAGACAUUUAUAUUCCAGCCUCAAUGUCUCCCCUUACUCUCCAAGAGGAGACGGAAGCCAGUCCGGCAGAGGUGGCCCUCUGCCUGUCCAUGCGCAAGGAGCACAGCAUGUAUACAAACAGCAAGAUGUUCACACAUGACCCCUGUGCAGUGGUUCCUGCAGCUGAGCUCCCAUCCUCCACUGUUCUAGGUUCAGAGACAGAACACAUUCGAAGCUCACACAACAAUACAUAUGUCCGCACUAAAAUAAAGGUGACCACAGGUGAGCUUCCCAUAGAGGCCCCACCCUCUGUUCCUGCUAUAACAACAGGUCCACCUGUUUCUAUAGUAACACCUUGCCCCCUGUCUGUCACUAAGUUAUCUUCAGUGCAUGCGGGUGGUGCCACCUAUGUUUGCCAGGUGUGUCAAAAAGUUUUUCAAUUCCAGCGCAUGCUAAAUAGACACCUGAAAUGUCACAGCGAGCAGAAGAGACACUUGUGUAAUUUCUGUGGAAAGGGCUUCAAUGACACCUUCGAUCUCAAGAGACAUGUCCGCACACACACAGGUGUUCGUCCAUAUAAGUGUAAUCUGUGUGAGAAGGCCUUUACCCAGCGCUGCUCUUUGGAGUCCCACAUGAAAAAGAUUCAUGGUGUCACACAGCAGUACGCGUACAAGGAGCGUCGCAACAAGCUGUAUGUUUGUGAAGAAUGCGGCCAUACCGUGCCUACCCAAGAUGCUCUGCUGCGCCACCUUCACAAUGCACAUCCAAACAGUACUCUAUUGCGGGGCAAGGGGGCGCGGAGAAAUUUGGCAGCAGUGAACACUAGCAAAGAAGAGGUGUCUGAACCCAGUUCCCCUCUUUCCUUUAACAGUGAUGAUAAUGUAAGCUCAGGAGGGCAAUAAAGAAAAGGAUGAUAAAACAGGAAUACUUUUUUUACACAUUCUGAUUUAUUGUUUCAUUCAGAGCACAGACGUGAGAGAGGGUGGAAUGAAGUCAUCAAAAUGGGUAUUUUUUAGCUGUUAUGUGUUUGACUGUUUUUAUAACAGUAAACUAAGAUUAGGUUUACAUUUUUGCCUGUGAAAAUACAAAAUGUCUACUGCUUAGUAUGCACUACUUAUACAGUUUACAUAUUAUUAUUAUUAUUUUAUUAAAACGUGUAAUAUUAAACACCACUCAGGAGAGACACAAAUUAAUGUGACAUGAAAUAAAUAUAUGUGUAGCAGCUUUUCAACACUAAAAAAAUAAUACUAUAUGAACUCUGCAGGGGCUGAAAAUGAAAUUUCAGAGAUGUUUUGUGGUCUCUAGGGGAUUUCUUAAAGGGGAUUACAUGUUUUGUUGAUAAUUACUGUGGUCUGUAAUAUAUUCUUGCACACAUUAAAAACAUUUUAAAUUAA